AUGACGUCACAGAAUAACAUCUCAUACUCCUCGACAUUGCUGGUGCCUCCACGCCACGUGAUGGUCAGUAUAGUCGACGUGGACGACUCACUUCCGGAGUUUCAGAGUCGGGACGCGGCAACGUCCGGCGGUUGUGUAGUCCCUCUAUUUAGUGCCGAUACCAGCGAAGACUAUAUGGGCGAAUUAUCGCUAUCCCCGGGCACGUUACGAGCGGUGGACGGAGAUAUGACGUCACAGAAUAACAUCUCAUACUCCGUGAUGCAUUCGGAACCAGACGACUACGACGUGUAUUUUCACGUCGACGAGGAAACUGGCCGCGUAAACAAAACACGGAAGAUGAACUCAACCGAUCCCAACAAAUACGUCAUUUUUGUAAAGGCUAUGGAAGACUCUCCCCAACAACAGUCACGGGUCGCUAUAGUCUCCAUAGUGGUGAUUGCACCUUCUGACCCCAACACAGACCCUCAGUCCUCAGUCAACCCCAUCGUCCGCCUAGUUCUCCAGAUCGCCACCGUCUUCAUCCUCAUGGCCUUCAUAGUUGGCUGUGUGGUCAUCUUUCAUCAUAGAUACCAGGUGCACCAUUCCAAGGUACAUUUUAUCAAUACCAACGAUAACAACGCCAAGGUACAGUUUGCCGUGUACCAAAGCUCCAAUUCAAGUCUAAACACGACAAUUCCUGACAAUCCUGCUAGCCCAAGUCAGGUUACACUUGAUAACGACCAUCUCACAGUUCCACAAUGGAACUACGCCACCGGGGCAGGCUUUGUUAAAUCCCCGAGCAGUACGUCACUAAACACAAUAAACACGCGCAGAGGUUCAGUAUAUUCCAACCAGUCGCAGAGAAGGAAAAUGGUGGUAGUUAAGAAAUCCUUAGAUACCAAACAAAGACCUGGAUGGAAUGCACCGCCAACGCGGCCUAAACGGACAUCGUAUAACCCAUUUAGUUCGACAUUGCUGGUGCCUCCACGCCACGUGAUGGUCAGUAUAGUCGACGUGGACGACUCACUUCCGGAGUUUCAGAGUCGGGACGCGGCAACGUCCGGCGGUUGUGUAGUCCCUCUAUUUAGUGCCGAUACCAGCGAAGACUAUAUGGGCGAAUUAUCGCUAUCCCCGGGCACGUUACGAGCGGUGGACGGAGAUAUGACGUCACAGAAUAACAUCUCAUACUCCGUGAUGCAUUCGGAACCAGACGACUACGACGUGUAUUUUCACGUCGACGAGGAAACUGGCCGCGUAAACAAAACACGGAAGAUGAACUCAACCGAUCCCAACAAAUACGUCAUUUUUGUAAAGGCUAUGGAAGACUCUCCCCAACAACAGUCACGGGUCGCUAUAGUCUCCAUAGUGGUGAUUGCACCUUCUGACCCCAACACAGACCCUCAGUCCUCAGUCAACCCCAUUGUCCGCCUAGUUCUCCAGAUCGCCACCGUCUUCAUCCUCAUGGCCUUCAUAGUUGGCUGUGUGGUCAUCUUUCAUCAUAGAAACCAGGUGCACCAUUCCAAGGUUAAAGUUAAAGAUAUGCCGAGCAACGAUAACAACGCCAAGGUACAGUUUGCCGUGUACCAAAGCUCCAAUUCAAGUCUAAACACGACAAUUCCUGACAAUCCUGCUAGCCCAAGUCAGGUUACACUUGAUAACGACCAUCUCACAGUUCCACAAUGGAACUACGCCACCGGGGCAGGCUUUGUUAAAUCCCCGAGCAAGAUUACGGGUAUCGAUCUCGGUAGCCCUUAUAUCGUUACGAGCGGUGGACGGAGAUAUGACGUCACAGAAUAA